AGCAAAGCUGCAAACGACGACUGAAGUAUUCGCAGUACUAGUCGCUGCUGGCGCAAAAACGAAGACGCUCUCUCACGGCUACCUGUAGCGUUCUUGUUGCCAGUCCAUCAAGCGAAUAACCUGAAGCUAGGCAGAAUGGUCAACCGUGGUGGAAGACCGUCCGGAAAGAAAGACUCCGGGAACAAACCACCUGCCAAACGCCAGAAAGGCAACAAUGGUGGUGUAGCGAAAGCGAAUGAGAAGGGCAGUGUCUCUUACAUUGGAAGCUCGAGUUCCCACGGCAUGGCGGUUGGCAAGCUCAGUUCAAACCGGAAAGCGAAAGCGAAAACUCGGCACGACAUUUACGAAGCGUCCGACGGCGAAGAGGACGAGAGGAGAAUAUUUGCCCGGCGGGGAGGGCAUGAUGUUUCGUUGGACGAGGUGGACAAUUAUGAAUACCACGUAGACACGAUCAACGAAGAGGAUGAUGAGGAAAUCGAGGAGGACGAGGCUUUCGGAGACAGUGACGAGGAAAAGUAUGGAGCUUACUUUGAGGACAAGGAAACGUUAUCGAGCAAGAAAUCAACAUCGGUGGGCGUGGCAGACGGUGGAGUCACCAUGGAGAGUGAUGAGGACGAAGAAGAGGGAGAGGACGAGGACGACGAUGCAGACUUUAUGGAUAUUUCCGACAUGCUCGGCGAAUCUCACAAAUCGAAACCGAAAGCGAAGACUGACAAAACCUUCUCUGAUUUGCUACCGAGAAAGGACCUCGAUUUCGACCAGACGAUGGCUGACGAAAUGGACGAAGAAGUUGGGACGGACGAUGAUGAUGAGGAUGAUGACUCCGAAGAGGAAGACAAUCCCGACCAGCUAUCUUCUUAUGUCCUGGCCCUCGAUGGAAAGCAGAGGAAACGGAAACGGAGGCCAGAAAGGGCCGAAGCCUACGAAGAAUCUGAAUUCAACGUACCGGCCAAAGAUAGCAGUAAUGGUGAUGACACGAGGCAGAAGAUCAGGCUAGAAGAUCUCAUGAGUUCUUUGGACGACCGUACCGGGUUCGCUGCUCUCAAGAAGCAGCUUGACCAACUUGAUAAGGCCAAGGGCAAAACGACGACUGUAGCAGCACCGUUACCAAAGGUGGUACAGGACCGUUAUGACCGGACAGCGGCAUAUGACCGGACCAAGAAGGAAGUCACCAAGUGGCAAAAUAUUGUAAAGGUCAACCGGGAAGCCGAUCAUCUUGUUUUGCCCACAGAUGAGGCGGCUCCCAUGAACAUUUCAAGCGGUGCUCUUGUCGGAAAGUUCCAGCCUGAAACGAAUCUGGAGAAUGAAAUUCAGAAGCUUCUGAAAGAGUCGGCCCUAUCCGAAAGGAAUCAGGCUGAAUUGGAGGAGCUGCAAUUGAAAAAGAUAACGAAAGAGGAGCUUGCCGAGCGCCGAGCAGAACUCUCCAAGAUGCGAUCACUCCUCUUCUUCAAGGAACAGAAGAUGAAGAAAGUCGCCAAAAUCAAAAGCAAAGCCUACCGCAAACUGCACAAGAAGGAGAAGGCAAAAGAAGACCUGUCCAUUGAAGAGCUUAAGCGAUUGGACCCAGAGUUGGCUCGUCAAGAGAUGGAAAAGCGAGAGUCGGCACGGGCUCAGGAGCGGAUGUCGCUGAAGCACAAAAACACCGGCAAGUGGGCGAAACAGAUGCUCAAUCGCAAGGACGGAGACCCAGAAUCCCAUAGGGCCGUCAUGGAGCAACUCAACAAGCAUGAGGAGCUGAAGCGGAAGAUUCAGGGUAUCGAGUCUGGGGAAUCGGAAGGGGAAGGCUCGGAAGCGGAUGACAGCGGGGCUGAGGGGAUGGACUUGGACGAAGAUUCCGUCCGCAAGUCUGCUAUCUCACAGCUGGACUCGUUAGAGGAGGAGAUGGAUGAUGAGAAUCACACGCCAACGCAGGGUGUCUUUGCGAUGAAGUUCAUGCAACGUGGGCUUGAGCGCCAGAAGAAGGAAGCUCGAGAAAGUCUCGCAAAUACUCGCGACGGCCUUCGAGAUGACUACCAGUCAAGUGACGAAGAAGCCGCAGCUGGAGGAGAAGCGAGGGAAGAAGUCGGCGGGCAAACAGUGGGUGGCAACGCCGGUCGUCGCACCUUCGAUGCUAAAGCCGCCAUCUCGCGGUCUACCAAUGUCAAAUCGGAGUCCGAGGACGAAGCAGAUGGAUACAGUGUCCAGGUUGCGAAGCCAAUAAGCGUUGGGAAGUCGAUUGUCCAGCAGGCGCCUCUGUUCCCCGUUGAGUCGUUUGAAUUGGAGAUGGCGAAGGACACCUCCUUCGUUGGAGACGCCAACAAGCGCGACGUAUCUUCGCUGAAAGGCCCUGAAGUUCAAGCUCCACCUGAAACCAACGGAAAGUCCAAGGACCAGCCGGCGCCGUCGGCACCACCCGUUCCAUCCGCACGGAAGCAACGGUAUCACUCCAAGCAGGCCGAGGUAGCACCGGAUGUAGAGGACGAAGAAGAAGUCGCACCGUCUAAAGCGUCCCGUAAGCGCGCGCAAACGGACGAGUUGCCAGAGGCCAAUCCAUGGCUCGCAGGAGCGGACAGCGUCAAAUCCGUGAAGAAGAGCAUUGCGAAUGGGGGCACGCUACUGAGAGGUGGAAAGACGGAGGUGGCGAUUGAGAAACUGUCUCAGCAGAACAAGGCUAGGAGGCGGGCUGAGCUGGACGCUGCGAUUGGUGAUGUCGAGCUGAAUCUCGAUGGUGUGAAGGCAUUGGAAGGGGCACUACCAACAUAUGGGGAUGAGGCUGAGGACGCCACGCCUGUGCAGCAACCCAAGCAAAAGUCAAAUACGAAAGCAGAAGCCAAAUCGGCGCCAACUCCUGCCCUUCCGGCAUACGCCGAGUCCGACUCUGACAGCGAUUUCGACACCGGCAUGGUUCACACGAGGACAAAGAGCAAACUGGUUCAGUUCACCCAGCGCGAUCUCAUGCAGAUGGCGUUUGCCAACGAUGAUGUCGCAGCAGAUUUCGAGGAUGAGAAGCAACGGACUAUUGAUGAAGACCAGCCGAAAGACGUGGAUGUGACGCUGCCUGGAUGGGGAUCGUGGGGCGGUAUCGGGUUGAAGACAAAGACUAAAGUCGUCAAAAAGGCAAAAGCUGGAGAUGGUGUCAAGGCUGAUAAACGACAGGAUGCCAAAUUGAAGCAUGUCAUUAUCAACGAAAAGAGGCUGAAGAAGUCUGUCAAAUACACCGUCCCACAAGUCCCCCAUGGCUUCGACAGCCGGGAGCAAUACGAACGCACCAUCCGCGCGCCCAUCGGCAAAGAAUGGAACGCCGCGUCUGCCCACAGCUCUGCUAUCAAGCCAAGGAUCCAGCCAAAGCUCGGAACCGUUAUUGCGCCAUUGAAGUAUGUUAGGUCUGGGAAAGGUACCGCUGCAAAGGGGAAAAGUGGUGGCAAGCCGUCUUUGAAGUAGAGCGCAGAGCAGAGAGGGUAGUUUUUGCAUGUAGAAUCCCUACCCGUAAUUUUAUUGACAGGCAAAGCAUUUGUAAAUACCUUAUU